AUGUCCACAACCGACGCUCCCCCCGACUCCCACAUCGACCAUGCCGCCUCCCUCCGGUACUGGAACAGCGUGGCCGCCAACCCCAAAACCAUGCUGGGCAUGCUCGGCAGCUAUCCCUGGUACACGCGCAUCGACCUCCGCGGGUCGAAGACCUUCCUGGCCAAGGUCCGUCGAAUGAUCCCCAAUUGUCCGACGGAGGGGAAGCUCACGCUGGGCGCAGACUGCGGGGCCGGGGUCGGUCGGGUUACGGAGGGGUUGCUCAGCCACGUUUGCGAGACGGUGGAUGCCGUCGAACCGGUCGACAAGUUCGUCGAGGUGAUUCGUCAGUCGGAGUUGAAGCGGACGGGCGUGGUGGUGGAUAUCUAUACGACGGGGUUGGAGAAUUGGUUCCCUGAGAAGAAGUAUGAUUUGAUCUGGACGCAGUUCUGCGUGGGACAUCUUACGGAUGUGCAGUUGAGAGAGUACUUUGGUCGGUGUCGGGAGGCGUUGACGGAGACUGGGGUGAUGGUCGUCAAGGAGAAUCAGUCUACGGAUCCGUUUGGGUUGGAUAUGUAUGAUGAUGAGGAUAGUAGUGUGACGCGGACUGAUGAGAAGCUGAGGCUUUUGUUCCAGGAGGCGGGGUUGGCGGUUGUCGCGUCGGAGUUGCAGUUGGGGUUUCCGAAGAAUUUUAAGCUCUUGCCGGUGAGGUUUUAUGCCUUGAGACCUUUGACUUGA